GCAUUUGACAAUGACUCCUAAAAAGGUAAACAAUGAAGCAAAUGUCAUCUUCUUCCUCUCCCAGAGAGGAAAAGGAGAUUCCUUUCAUGUCCCACACCCUUUUGCCUUUCAAAUAUUCCCUCCUUCGGCACACAUAAAUGCCGCCUAUUGAUUCUUCAUUCCUACUCUCGACCCUCUCUCCAUCUCAUACAAAGCUUAUCUCUUGGUUUCUCCAUUCAUGCCUAAUGUUUCCAGAGUUAGAGAAACCUCGAGUCACGGAGAUACAAGUCCGAAUGGACUGUAAUGGGUGUGUGCAGAAGAUCAAGAAGGCAUUGCAUGGCAUCAAUGGUAUAUAUGAUCUCUACAUUGACUUCCCACAGCAGAAGCUGACAGUCAUUGGGUGGGCAGAUCCCGAAAAAAUUAUCAAGGCGAUUAGGAAAACUAGGAAAAUUGCCACCAUAUGUUCCCAUUCUGAACCAUCAGAUCCUGCUGCUCAGACAACAGAAAAACCACCCGAACAAGCACCUGAAGGUGGGGCACCGCCACCACCGGUCUCCGACCAGGCAAAUCCUCCCACAGCAGAAGCUCCACCUGCUGAAACAGCAGCUUCAACAGCAGAGCCUCCAAAAGAUCCACCACAACCUGAGAACCCGCCACCACCUGGGGAGAAUCCAUCACCUGUUGCUGAAGAAACCAACGCAAAUCAGCCACAAAGGCCCCCUGGACCCAAAGAUUCAGGAGAGGUUCAUGUUAUAUACCAUCACCCACCUGACUAUGGCUACAGAUAUGCUUAUGGUCAUAACUAUGGCGGUAACUGGAACAGACACCCUAUUAGCCAAGGAGUCCCACAAGCGGCGCCAAAGCCCAUCUACGUGACUCACAGCUACAACACAUACAGGCCAUCACCGAAUGUCACUGAAUAUGAAUAUCUCCGACCACCACCACCACAUCACACAAUUUACAGUAGGAUGGACCACUACAAUGAGGAUUAUCAUGACAACAGUCGCAGUAAUAAUGGAAACAUUACAUCUAUGUUUAGCGAUGAGAAUCCAAAUGCUUGCCGAAUAAUGUGAGGAGGCUCAUAUCAAAAAUAAUAGAAUCCAAUGGCACCAAUCAUCUUCUAA